GUUGUUUUAUAGGAAGAAAUAUUAUAAAAUGGUCAAAAGAUAUGUGCAAUAAAUAUCUUCUCUAAAACGUAGCCUACCGUUCUGUUUUUCUACACAUUCAGAGGAUUAUGCAGGAUUGGGUGACAAACACUUAUUGACAUUGUGUACAGAAUGGUCUCCAAUACAACUGUCCCCCAUCACUCCAGUGUCUCCAAUGUCUCAACCCACCAUGAACAAACUACAAUGGACACCGUUUUUUACAUCAUCAUUGUUCUCCUGGGCACAACUGGGAACUCUGUGGUCAUCUUGGUGGCCGGCUUCCGUAUGAAACCCAAUGUCACCAACGUAUGGCUGGUCAACCUGGCCAUAGCUGACCUGAUCUUCUGCAUUACACAAGUGACUUCACUUGUCAAAGUUUUGGUUGAAUACUGGCCUUUUGGAGACUUUCUCUGCAAGUUAACUGGCUUAUUCAAAUAUACCAACAUGUUCUGCAGUGUUUUCCUGCUGGCUGUUAUCAGUGUGGAUCGAGUGCUCUGCGUGUGGCGUCCGGUGUUCACGAGGAAGAGACGGACGUUGUGUGCUGCUCGUGUGAUCAGUUUGUGGGUUUGGAUUGUGGCGAUUAUCUUCAGUUCGCCGUAUUUUGUGUAUCGCGGGGUCUACACUAAAAAUAACAACUUGAGCCAAUGCUCAUUUAAGGUAAGUGUAAAAGAAGAAGAGAAAGAAGGCAGAGAAAAUUCUGCUAAGUAUGUGUACUUCUACCUUCGUUUCAUAUGUGGAUUUCUGUUACCUUUCCUGGUGAUCUUUACCUGUUACACACUAGCAGCUAUUGGGAUAUGCAGGACGCGACUCACUGGAAAAGCGAAACCUCUUCGGAUUCUUGCCUUAGUGGUUUUUGCCUUUUUCUUCUGUUGGUUCCCAUACCACAUCCUAGGUCUUGUUAAGCUAAUGAAUAAAAAACACUGGUCUGUACAGUUAGGAUGGCGCAUGGCUUCAAACUUAGCAUAUUUCAACAGCUGCGUGAACCCAGUGCUGUACUUCUGUAUGGGUCUGGAUCUCAGUCAACGGUGCAAUCAAAGUCUGUUAGCCGUUUUUCACAGAGCUCUUACAGAAGAAGGUCAAACUCUGUCCCAGAAAGGCACUGUGGAUGAAAGUUUGAAUUCUGUUCCAAAGGCAGAUGAUGAAGUUCACCACACACCAGUUUCUGUGACUACGGAUUAAAAGCAUGACAUUUUUUAUCAAACAAGUGUGCACAUUGUGUCACUUUUCAUUUGCUGUCAAUGGUUGCUGAGCUAAA